CUGGGCCCGGAGGAGCAGGAACAUGGCCCCGGCGAAGCGCGCUGAGGUACUGCGGGCCGGAGUGGCCCAGGCGCAGGGCGGGCCGGCAGGCCGCCUCGGAUUCAAGAAGAAGCGGCAGCAACAGCAGCGGACAUGGCGGGCGAACUCGCGGAAUGUGUUCUCCGGCAGCGUCCGCGAGGGACAAGGAUUUGCAUUUCAGAGGAAACAAAAGAUUCAGCAAGAGUACAAGAAAUUGCUGAGGAAAGAAAAAAAGGCACAGAUUUCACAAGAGUCUCAGUUUACAGAAAGAUAUCCAGAGCAUUUAAAACAUCUGUAUUUAGCUGAAGAAGAAAUGCUCAGGAGACAGCAUAAAAAAGAAAAACAACCUUUGCCAGAAGAAGAAUGUAGCACAACAGUGAACCCUGUUAUCUCUGCAAAAAGAAGUAAGAAAAAAACAUCAAACCAAAAGGCAAAAGAAGAAUAUGAACGGGUACAAGCUAAGCGUGCUGCUAAGAAACAGGAGUUUGAGAGGAGAAAGCAAGAAAGAGAAGAAGCACAGCAGCGCUACAAAAAAAAGAAAAUGGAAGCAUAUAAAGUACUGAGCAAAAGGACUAAAAAGGGCCAACCAAAUCUGAACUUACAAAUGGAGUAUCUUCUAAAGAAAAUACAGGAGAAAACAUAAAACACAUUUUGUCCUUGGGUGAAUAUUAAAAUAUAUUAUAUAUUGUGUGUGGAUUCUUUUGAAUCACUUAAUAUACUUUGUUAUUUGCAAUUUUGUGCUCUUUGUAUAACAGACCAAUUCAAGCACAUUGGAAAUGUUUUUAUUUUUGUAGAGAACAUUUUAAAAGCGCUAUAAUUUUUUUUAUUGCUUGAUGGUUACUUCUUAAAGAAGAUUGAUCUAUUGAAUUAAAACAUUCUGUUGAAAUGAAUGGCUUAAGCUAUAUUUUUGCCCAGUUGAAGACUUUAAUAGACCAAACUAAAUUAUUCUUAUUAAAAAACAGCUUUUGGGUAUUUAUAUCCUAAUAAAAUGUUUAGGCAGCUGAAAUUCUUUCUGGUAUUAAAAACUGUUGUUUUGGAAGUUUUUUUUAAUGAUAACAUCUGUUUGGAUUUAAUGAUAGUGCAAAAAAAAAAGUUAAUGUCAUUAGCAGUAUUUCUAUUGAUUCCUCCCCCCCCUUCUAUUGAAAGCUUUCAUCCAGAACUUAUAAAUAUUACUGGGUUGGUUUUUUUCCCCAUCUAUAGUAAUGUUUCCUAAUGCUGAUGCUGUAAUAGGUCUGGAUCCACAUAUAAAAAUGUUGCAUUUUAUAUACUUGCCAGCAUCCACAGUAGCAUUUGAAAUAGUUUGAGCAUCCCGCAUACCCUUUUUCUACUGUAAAAAAACAUUCAAACAAUAUUCUUAAAUUUUAUUUUCCUUUUUCCCAUGAUUAAAUAGGCAGAAACUGAAUUGGACAAUAACUAACUUAAAGUUUCUAAGUAGGGUGAGUAGGACGUAGAAUGUAAUAAUUACUAUUAUAAGUGAUAAUUUAAGUUUUAAAAAGAAAAUCAGUCACAACAGAAGCUAUGGUUAGCAUCUUCUAGUUUUUUAUACAUUGAUGAUUCUAGUUAAAAACUAAUAGGUGAUAUAUCCAGCUCUUGGGGAAACUUCUUCACACCCAUCAAAUUCUUGUUUAAAACAAAAACACCCUCCUUUCUCUUCCUUCCCUUCUUAAUACUGUGUAUUCCCUUGUACAGGCCCCUACAGCCUUUCCCCAGGCACUUUUGGAUAGCUUGGUUUUUUUUAGAGGUUGCUAGGCUACCAAUCACUUCAUUGCCACAAUACUCCAGAGAGAAUUUGAUGCUUUGUUUGCAAAGAUUCUACAGGGUUGUAUUCUUUAGAAAAUGUUUUCUUUUUAAAAGAUUAGUUUGUAAUUGAAAUUAAAUUGAAAAUUAUUUUACUCUAUAUUUAAUAUUCCCCCAAAACUUAUUCCACAGUAACUGUGUCCAUAGUACAAAUGAGUUUUUGAGAUGCUAAGAGCUGCAUGUAAGCUAUUACUUAAAUGUUUGUUUUUAUUAAAUGUAUUUCUGUAACGUGUA